ACAGAACCAUUUCCUCUCUCACAUGUCACAGCUCUGAGACCCUUAAACAGCCAUUUGAACCUCUUAUGAGCCGGUGACAGGUUAUCAGAUCCAAAAUAGGUCGUCGACUGCUACUCCACGGCAACACAGGUCAUCGUGGAGACCCUGCCACCUCCACGAACAACCACGAACAACCCCCCCCCUGAUAACACACACACCAACACGCAUGCCUUUGACAAUGACUGGACCACAUGAACCUGAAACAUGACUGGAAUUUUUAAAACAACUCAUUUCAGUUUCCUAAUUUAACUAGGGAGGUCGCCUAUUCUAAAUCAAAAUGGCUGAAAGGUUUCUGGUUUUGCAGACGAGUCAUUUUUCCUACAACCUGAACAGCUGCUUCUCACAUUCGCAGACCCAUUGUAAACCUCACCCGAUGCAUUUUGAAAUAAAGUAAUCACUUUUAGUUUCCAUUUCCACAAUGAACGUUCUUACAUGAAUAAAUAUGUGCAGACGCACGGAAAGUUCCAAAGCGCUCGGUGGAAACAUUUGAUAAAUUAGCCUAACGCACGCACCGCGACCCCCACUGGAGAUGCCGGUCGCUGAUUGGACAAACCCGCUGGGGGUCCAGUGAUUUGUGUAACAAUCGGCUAUAAAAAAAAACAGCUCGUCAACGUAACACUAACCAGGGAACUAACAGAGAGCUUACAUCCCAAGUGUUCUCCACCAAAAAUCAAGCCGACCUCUUCUACCUCUUGCACCCGAUGAACAUCACCAUAUUUCAACAAGAUGCUAGCUAAAUUCGGCCUGUUUGCGAUCUUCCUAGUCCUGGGGACCUCCGCCUUCGAUGCCGAACCGGAGGAAUCCUCUCUUGGCCGUGCACGCUUCUCCUCCAAUAGCCCCUGUGAGUACCGUUGAUUAGCCUAAAGUGCAAAAGACCAUGCAAACUGCAGUUCUUAUCCUAAAAGGGCUGUAGAUACAGAGUGCGUUGGGUUCAUGCACAAGAGUUGGGUGUGAAAGUUGCCUCGUGUAAUCAGACCUUGCUAAAAUAGUUGCAUUCCCAUGAAUAGAGACAUAGGCACUUUCUUAAAUGUAUGUGAGUGUAGCCCACUACAGCCUCUGUCAAUUGCUGAAGUUUGAUGUAACCCCCCCCCUCUCUCUCCAGCGGAUGUGGCUGGGUGUUUGAAUGGUGCUCUAGCUGUGGGAUGUGGAACAUUUGCCUGCCUGGAGAAUUCUACCUGUGACACGGAUGGCAUGCACGAUAUCUGCCAACUGUUCCUCCACACCGCAGCUACCUUCAACACACAAGGUAAGACAUUUGUAAAAGAGAGUCUGAGGUGUAUUGCCAACGGCGUCACAUCUAAAGUGUUCCAGACCAUCAGACGCUGUGGAAUCUUCCAGAGGAUGAUCUCUGAGGUCCAGGAGGAGUGUUACAGUAGACUGGACAUCUGUGGUGUGGCUCGCUCCAACCCUGAGGCCAUUGGAGAGGUGGUACAGGUACCUGCACACUUCCCCAACAGGUACCACAGCACUCUGCUUCAGUCCCUGCUAGCCUGUGAUCAGGAGACGGUGGCGGUUGUCAGGGCGGAGUUUGUUUCUAGGCUGGGGCCAGACAUGGAGACCCUCUUCCAGCUGCUGCAGAACAAGCCUCGCCCCCAGGAGACUAACCAAGGUGCUAACUCCGCCCCCGCCGGCUGGCACUGGCCAAUGGGGUCUCCCCCCUCCUUCAAGAUCCAGCCCAGCAUGAGAGGAAGAGACCCCACCCACCUGUUCGCUAGGAAACGCUCUCUGGGGGUGUCGGAUAGAGAGAUGGAGUAAAGAGGAGACAAACACUACCGGUCAAAUGUUUUAGAACACCUGCUCAUUCCAGGGUUUUUCUUUAUUUCUACUAUU